CAAAAGCCCGGUAGACGGAAGCUGGGUGGAAGCCAACCAAACACCCUCUAGAAUCGAGCUGCGCGUCACGAGCGCACGCGCCGCGCCGCGGCAGCGAUGGCGGUGACCGAGCGAUCACUGCCGUGCCUCUUCCUCCACGGCGCCAGCGCCGCGGUCCACCUCAUCCUCGUCCUCGCCGUUGCUGGGAGCCGGCUCUUCCCCCGCCGCGGGAAGGACACGGUCGUCGCCGCGUGCGGGUUCCGGUGCCACGCGGUGGCGGCCUGCGCCACGUGGGCUCUGGCGGCGUUCCAGCUCCUCCUCGCCGCGUACUCCUGCUACCUGGGCACCGGCGCCGGAUAUCCGCUCGACGCGGCGGCGGACCUGGCGGAUGGCGCCGUGCGGGCGGUGGCGUGGCUGCUGCUCGCGGCGUACCUGCAGUUCGAGUUCCGCCGCGAGGAGCGGUUCCCCGCGCCGCUCAGGCUCUGGUGGGCGCUCUUCCUGCUGCUCUCGGUUCUCGAGGUCGCCGUCCACGCCGCCACGAGCCUCGACGGGGUUCCCGUGCCCGCGCGUUCGUGGGCGCUCGACGCCGCCUCGGUCCUCGCGGCCGUGGUACUGCUCGUCGCCGGGCUGUUGGGCAAGAGGGAACUAGCAGGCGGGUCUGCUUCCGAGGAGCCUCUGCUAAAUGGCGCGAGUGAGAGCAACAGCGCCUAUGCCUCCGCGUUCUCCGGCGCCGGCCUCCUCGGCGUCCUCACCUUCUCCUGGAUGGGGCCGCUGCUCGCCGUGGGCCACAAGAAGGCCCUCGGCCUCGACGACGUCCCGGGCCUCGACCCCGGCGACAGCGUGGCCGGCCUGCUCCCCUCGUUCAAGGCCAACCUCGAGAGGCUGGCCGGCGACGGCACCACCGCCCAAAGGGUGACGGCGUUCAAGCUCGCCAAGGUGCUGGUGCGCACCUUCCGAUGGCACGUCGCGGUGACCGCGCUCUACGCUCUGGUCUACAACGUGGCCACCUACGUCGGCCCGUACCUCAUCGACUCCCUCGUGCAGUACCUCAACGGCGGCGACGAGAGGCACGCGAGGAAGGGGCAGCUCCUUGUCCUCGCCUUCAUCGCAGCCAAGGUGUUCGAGUGUUUGUCCCAACAGCACUCGUGCUUCCGGCUGCAGCAGGUCGGGAUACGGGCGCGGUCCGCGCUCGUCGCCGUCGUGUACGAGAAAGGGCUGGCCCUCUCCGGCCGUUCCAGGCAGACCCACUCGAGCGGCGAGAUGGUCAACAUCGUCGGCGUCGACGCCGACCGCGUCGGGAACUCCUCCUGGUACAUCCACGACCUGUGGCUGGUACCGCUCCAAGUAAGCAUGGCGAUGUUCGUCCUCUACUCCACUCUCGGGCUUGCCUCGCUCGCCGCGCUCGGCGCCACCGUGGUCGUCAUGCUUGUCAAUGUUCCUUCGGUGAAAGUCCAGGAGAAGCUCCAGAAGAAUCUGAUGAAGAGCAAGGAUGUUAGAAUGAAGGCGACGUCCGAGAUCCUACGCAACAUGAGGAUUCUCAAGCUGCAGGGGUGGGAGAUGAAGUUCUUGUCCAAGAUCAUCGCCCUCAGGAAGACAGAAACAAACUGGCUCAAGAAGUACCUUUACACCUCGACCAUGAUCACCUUCAUCUUCUGGAGUGCCCCUACUUUCAUCGCCGUGGUCACCUUCGGAGCAUGCAUACUAAUGGGGAUACCAUUGGAGUCGGGCAAGGUGCUGUCUGCAUUGGCCACACUCCGGGUGCUGCAGGAAUCGAUAUACAACCUUCCGGACAGGAUCUCGGCCAUCAUUCAGACAAAGGUGUCUCUUGACAGGAUAGCCUCCUUCCUGUGCCUCGAGGAGUUCCCAACAGACGCUGUGCAGAGGCUGCCAAUCGGCAGCUCAGAUGUUGCAGUUGAGGUCAGCAAUGGGUGCUUUUCCUGGGAGGCCUCGCCUGAAAUGCCAACGCUCAAGGGCCUCAACUUUCGAGCUCGGCAAGGCAUGUGUGUGGCGGUCUGCGGCACGGUCGGCUCCGGAAAAUCGAGCCUGCUCUCUUGCAUUCUUGGCGAGGUUCCGAAGCUAUCAGGAAUGGUCAGGACUUGCGGGACAAUAGCCUAUGUGAGCCAGUCAGCGUGGAUACAGAGCGGCAAGGUUCAGGAGAACAUACUGUUCGGCAAGCAGAUGGACAGUGAGAAGUAUGACAGAGUGCUGGAGUUGUGUUCGCUGAAGAAAGACUUGGAGAGCUUCCCAUCGGGCGACCAGACGGUCAUUGGAGAGCGAGGCAUCAACCUCAGCGGUGGGCAGAAGCAGAGAGUUCAGAUAGCACGAGCGCUGUAUCAGGACGCCGACAUUUAUUUGUUCGACGAUCCCUUCAGCGCUGUCGAUGCUCAUACAGGAUCCCACAUAUUCAAGGAAUGCUUGCUUGGGGCAUUGGCUCAAAAAACAGUGAUGUACGUCACUCAUCAGCUUGAAUUUUUACCUGCAGCUGAUCUUAUUCUGGUAAUGAAAGAUGGGGUAAUAGCACAAUCUGGCAGAUACAAUGAAAUACUUGGCUCAGGGGAAGAGUUUAUGGAACUGGUAGGUGCUCACCAAGAUGCUCUUGCAGCGAUUGACACAAUGAAUGUUGUGAAUGGAGCCAGUGAGGCUUUCUCGUCCAGUGGAGCGGCAAGCCUGUCCGGGUCACUACCAUCAGCUGAGAAAAAGGAUAAGCAAAAUGUCAAACAAGAUGAUGGCCAUGGUCAGAAUGGGCAGCUGGUACAGGAAGAAGAAAGGGAGAGGGGCAGGGUGGGGUUUUGGGUCUACUGGAAGUACCUCACCAUAGCUUAUGGGGGAGCUCUUGUACCAUUCGUGCUGCUCGCUCAGAUAUCUUUUGAAGUGCUUCACAUUGCUAGCAAUUACUGGAUGGCCUGGGCUGCUCCUGCGUCGAAGGACGUCGAGCCUCCGGUCAGCAUGUACACACUAAUAUACGUCUAUGUCGCAUUGGCCCUUGGAAGCUCGGUGUGCACCUUCGUGAGAGCCCUGUUUCUUGUACCAGCUGCAUACAAGACAGCAACUCUGUUGUUUAACAAGAUGCAUGUAUCCAUAUUCCGAGCUCCGAUGUCUUUCUUUGAUUCCACUCCAAGUGGGCGCAUCUUGAAUAGGGCUUCGACUGAUCAAAGCCUAGUGGACACCAGCAUUGCUAACAGGAUGGGUUCUAUCGCGUUUGCCUUCAUACAACUUGGUGGAACUAUUGUUGUGAUGUCUCAAGUUGCAUGGCAGGUCUUUGUUGUUUUCAUUCCUGUAAUUGUUGUUUGCCUCUGGUACCAGCGCUACUAUAUUGAUACAGCCAGAGAGUUGCAAAGGAUGGUCGGGAUUUGCAAAGCUCCUAUCAUACAACAUUUUGUAGAAUCAAUAACUGGAUCAACAAUCAUUAGAAGUUUUGGCAAGGAAAAUCAGUUUUUAUCAACUAAUAACCAGCUAAUGGAUGCCUACUCACGACCAAAAUUCUACAAUGCUGGAGCAAUGGAGUGGCUUUGCUUCCGCAUGGAUAUGCUCUCAUCCCUUACAUUUGCCAUCGCUUUGAUAUUUUUAAUCAAUCUGCCAGCCGGUAUCAUUGAUCCAGGAAUUGCUGGCCUUGUAGUCACAUAUGGGCUUAAUCUGAACAUAAUGCAAGUAACGCUUGUAACAAGCAUGUGCAAUUUGGAGAACAAGAUCAUCUCAGUAGAAAGAAUUUUGCAAUACCUAAGCCUUCCUGAAGAGGCUCCUCUUUCAAUAUCUGAAGAUGGGUUAGCUCAUAACUGGCCGUCGGAAGGAGAAAUUCAGCUCCAUAACCUGCAUGUGAAAUAUGCUCCACAACUACCGUUUGUUCUGAAGGGUCUUACAGUCACUUUUCCUGGAGGCAUGAAGACGGGUAUUGUUGGUAGAACAGGCAGUGGUAAAUCAACUCUCAUACAGGCCCUUUUCCGUAUCAUGGAUCCCACUGUCGGACAGAUAAUAGUAGACGGCAUCGACAUUUGCACCAUCGGUUUGCAUGAUCUGAGAUCUAGAUUGAGCAUCAUUCCGCAAGACCCAACGAUGUUCGACGGCACCGUGAGACACAACCUUGACCCUCUAGGCGAGUACACUGACAAUCAAAUCUGGGAGGCCUUGGACCACUGUCAGCUAGGAGAUGAAGUUCGGAAAAAGGAGCUGAAACUUGAUUCUCCAGUGGUGGAGAACGGUGAGAACUGGAGCGUGGGCCAGCGUCAGCUCGUCUGUCUCGGUAGGGUGAUCCUGAGACGGACCAAGAUACUGGUCCUGGACGAAGCCACCGCUUCGGUAGACACCGCAACAGAUAACCUGAUCCAGAAGACACUGCAGCAGCAUUUCUCGGAGGCGACCGUCAUCACGAUCGCGCAUCGAAUCACCUCGGUCCUUCACAGCGAUAUAGUCUUGCUUCUUGACAACGGCGUGGCUGUGGAGCACCAAACGCCGGCCAAGUUGCUGGAGGACAGAUCCUCUCUGUUCUCAAAGCUUGUCGCAGAAUACACGAUGAGGUCCACGCGCACUUGAGUCAGCAUUACUAGUGCGAUCAAACAAAAGGAAAACAAGAUCAUGAUUUCUCUUUUCUGAUGUCUGACAAAGGCAGGAAUUUUUCUAGCUAGCAAGACAACGAGUAUUAGUACAUUGUUACAAUGGAAAAGAAAGAAAGAUAACUGAAAAUUUAACCUCAA